AUCAAAGUCUGUCCGUAAUGCCAGGUACCUUUGUGCAAAGCGCUGUUAUUUAAGUCAUCGCCUGAUGAGGUACAAAGAGCUGCCGAAGCUUUAGACGUGGAGUCUUCUGAGUGAAGCUCCUCCCACAACUAUCACACCUUCAGUGAAGCUCCUCCCACAACAAUCACACCGUCAGUGAAGCUCCUCCCACUGCAGUUCAUCAAUAAAUGCUGAAAUAUUCCCUUGAGUCUACAAGUGACGAUGAAAAUUAAAGCAUCAGGAAGAAGUGAAAUCUGCAGAGACAGAGUUUAUUGAAGAACAGAGAGAACAUGAGAGAUCCAGAACCCUGCAGAAUGAAACACACUGAAGAACAAACAGAGUUGAUUGAAGAAAACGAGGAGCAUGAAGAACUGAAUAAAGAGGAGCAGAAGCAACAUGUCCAAACUGGAGAAAACUCUUUGAGUUGCUCUCAAACCAAACAGAAAGGUUUAAAGAAGAGAAGAGACAAGAAAUCUUUCACCUGCACUCAGUGUGGAAAGAGUUUGAGAAACAAACAUAGUCUUGAGAUUCACAUGAGGAUCCACACUGGAGAGAAACCAUACAGAUGUGAUCGGUGUGAGAAGAGUUUUACAGCAUCAUCAAACCUUAAGAGACACAUGCGGAUCCAUACUGGAGAGAAACCUUAUGAAUGUGAUCAAUGUGGAAAAACAUUUUUGAGGGCUUCAAACCUGAAGGAGCACCUGAGAGUUCAUUCAACGGAGAAACCACAUUCAUGUUCUUUAUGUGGAAAGAGGUUUUCACAUCUGCAGAGUUUAAAAGUACAUCAGAAGAUACACACUGGUGUGAAAGAAUAUAUGUGCUUUGAGUGUGAGAAGACUUUUAUUACAGCUGAACAUUUGAAACGGCACCAGAGGAUCCACACUGGAGAGAAACCUUACAAGUGUUCACACUGUGACAAGAGAUUCAGUCAGACAUCAUAUCUGAAAUCACAUGAGAGGAUCCACACUGGAGAGAAACCUUACAAGUGUUCACACUGCGACAAGAAAUUCAGUGAGUUAGGACACCUGAAAUCACACGAGAGGAUCCACACUGGAGAGAAACCUUACAAGUGUUCACACUGCGACAAGAAAUUCAGUGAGUUAGGAAACCUGAAAAGACACGAGAGGAUCCACACUGGAGAGAAACCGUAUCACUGCAUUGUAUGUGGGAAGAGUUUCCGUAAUUCAUAUUUUCUACUUAAGCAUUUCAAAGAACAUUCACAGUCAGUAGUAGGGAAUACACAAACUAAUCGACUACUCUACUUCAAUGCUCUGCCAUGACGCUUUAAGCUUGAUGUUGACUAGUCGCUGGUCCUAUAGAUGACACAACAGGAUAAUAAACCUUUGAAGGACUUCCACAUUUAUGCUCCAUUUCCAAACAGUUAAAAUGUCAAAUAAAUGUAUACUCUGAAA